ACUCCAACACAAAUCAAAAUAAUGGCGUCUCAACAUUUAAAAAAUUUCUUAACAAGCUGCACCUUAUGGAAAACCCUUGUAGUCAUAGGCCUAUUUCUCAAUUUGAUCGUCACCACCCAAAAGCCCCACCAAUUACUCGUGUCGGUCCCGGCCCCACCGCGGCCACAGGCGGCCAACGACCAUCGGACCAACCUGAGCCACAUAGCCUUCGGCAUGAUGGGGUCCGUCCCAACGUGGCCCCACCGGAGGGGCUACCUGGAGGCGUGGUGGCGGCCCAACAAGACCCGCGGGUACGUGAUCCUGGACCGGGCCCCGCCUCCAGAGCUCCUCCCCUGGCCCAGGACCGCCCCUCCGUACAAAAUAGUGGACAAUAUCUCGGAGCUGUUCCGGGAGACGAAGCCACGGUUCGAGCUGAUGCCGAGGAUGGUGCACGGGCUGGUGGAGCUGCUGAGGGAGGAGCGGGAGGGGGUGAGGUGGGUGGUGAUGGGGGACGACGACACGGUGGUGUUCGUGGAGAACGUGGUGGACGUGCUGGCGGAGCUGGAUCAUAGGAAGUACUAUUAUCUUGGGUGGCACUCGGAGAGCGUGAUAUCCAACUUCUGGUACUCGUUCGACCAGGCGUUUGGGGGCGGGGGGAUCGUGAUGAGCUACCCGCUGGCGGCAGCGCUGGUGAGGGACAUGGAUAGGUGCUUGAUUAGGUACGCGGGUGGCUGGUCUGCGGAUUGGAUUAGUAUGGCGUGCAUUGCUGAUGUUGGAGUCAGCCUCACUCCUCAUAAAGGGAUUCACCAGGUUGAUUUACACGGAGACUUCUCAGGUUAUCUAUCAGCCCAUCCCCAAACUCCUCUGAUGACCUUCCAUCACUUCGACGCAAUGGAUCCCAUAUUCCCUUCCAUGGAUCGCAUGCAAUCCACGCGCCACCUCAUGAAGGCGGCCGACGCUGACCAGUCCCGGCUACUUCAGCAAACCAUCUGCUACCACAAGAAAACCAACUGGUCUAUCUCCGUGUCGUGGGGUUACUCUGCACAAAUAUACGAGAGAAUAAUGCCACGGAGCUACCUACAAUUACCCAUCGAAACGUUCACUCCGUGGGCGAGUGGCAAGGAACACCCUUUCUACAUGUUCAACACGCGCCCGCAGUCCAACGACUCUUGUGAAAAGCCUCAUUUCUUCUUCCUUCAAUCCGUCUCCAAGACCGCUUCACCUCAUCACAUUGUGACAACGUAUAAACGCGCCCGCCCCCGAGGCUUGCCUCCUUGUUCCUCCGCCGGCAACCACCCCGCUGAUACUAUAACUAAGAUUAAAGUGAUUUCACCAACAAAAAAACGCCUCCAGAUUGAUAGAUGUGAAUGUUGUGAUAUUGUUCGGGUGAAUGGUGGGAAAAUGGAAGUUGGACUUAGGGAAUGCAAGAUAGAUGAGAUCAUAGCUUAAUUUUGCACCAAAAUGUGGGAGGAUUUCAACUGUAUCUAGAUGAGUUUUUUAAAUGUACCCUUUUGAAUAGAAUUAGAGUUAUGGUGUGAAUUGAUGUGAGAAGGUAUUUGUUAAUUUUUUUUGUUUCAAUCUAGUUUCAAGCCUUUUCCAUUUGAUGAGAGAAGGGGUUUAUAAAUGUUUAUUCAAAAUUAUU